UUUUCAACUUUGUUGUUUAUUUGGAAUGGGAUAAUUAUUACCUAAUGAUGACCAAUUAAUAUCAAACAGUGCGAUUACUUAUAUCUUAUAAAAUAAACAUGAGCUCCUUUCGUGAUAAAUUUUAAGUAGAAUACGUAAAAAACCUUAUGUAGGCGAGUUUUUUACCAUUGUAUGUAUAAAAGCUGUUUCUAUGUCAUAUAUAUCGCGGUUCAGUUCCAGCUAAUAGUUGCCUUGUGAUGAUGUGAUCACGUGCUGCGCAUGUGUGGGUGUGAAUAUAGGCAAAAGCAAUUAUAUAGUGACUUAGUAUCUUUCAAGUGAUCCACACAAUAGCAGGGCGAUACACGGCGUGUGUGUGAGGUCGGGCCAAGAUUUGAUAAUGCUCAAAAUGUAUAAUAUUAAUGACAAUGCGAGAUAAUAAACGCGGUUUUGUAAGAUAGUGGUCUUAGUUUUCUUCAUGAGCUACUGAAGAGUGCGUGUCAAGUAUGCCCGAGUUCACGCAAAGUCAGCUGAAACAGUUUUACAACUGCCAAAUUUUGAGGCACGGAAAGAUUAUCAUUGAAGAUUUAUGGGUGAGAGAUGGAAAAAUUAUCGAUCCAGAAAAAAUCUUUUAUGACGAAAAAAUUGAGCCUACUGUUAAAGUAAAUUGCAAUGGAGCUAUUAUCUCCCCGGGUUAUAUCGACGUGCAAAUCAAUGGUGGCUUUGGUAUUGAUUUUUCAUACAAUAUUGAUAAUGUAGAAGAAGGAAUAAAUACCGUAGCCAAAGAAUUACUUGCCUCUGGAGUCACAUCAUUUUGUCCAACUUUAGUAACUUCACCAAAAGAAACUUACCACCAGGUUCUUCCAAAGAUUAAAAAAAGGAAUGGGGGAAAACAUGGAGCUACUAUUUUGGGUGUUCAUGUUGAAGGGCCUUUUAUAAGCCCAUUAAAAAAAGGAGCUCAUCCUGAACAUUGUAUCAGAAAAUUUGAAAAUGGUUUUCAAUCUCUUCUUGAUAUGUAUGGUAGUCUUGAGAAUAUUUGCUAUGUUACAUUAGCUCCAGAAAUAGAAAACUCGAUGGAAGUUAUUAGACAAUUACGAAAAAAUAAUAUCAAAAUAUCUGUUGGACAUUCUGUAUGUGACUUAAAACAAGGUGAAGAAGCAGUUAAAAAUGGAGCAACAUUUAUAACUCAUUUAUUCAAUGCUAUGCUACCGUUCCAUCAUCGUGAUCCAGGUCUAGUGGGAUUGCUGGCAUCUGAUCAAAUACCACUGGGCACAAGUGUGCAUUUUGGAAUAAUAGCUGAUGGAGUUCAUACUCAUCCAGCAGCUCUAAGAAUUGCAUAUCGUAUUCACCCAAAAGGCCUUGUACUUGUCACUGAUGCCAUUUCUGCUCUUGGUCUUCAAGAAGGAAUUCACCAGUUGGGUCAAUUCAAUAUUGAAGUAAGAAAUAAUAAGGCUUACAUUGCAGGCACAGAUACAUUGUGUGGUAGUAUAGCUGAUAUGUCAGAAUGCGUAAGAUUCUUCCAAAAAGCUACGGAUUGUUCAAUAGUUGAAGCUUUAGAAGCUGCAACCUUGCAUCCAGCAAAAGCACUGGAAAUAGAAACGGUGAAGGGAGUUUUGAAUUUUGGAGCAGAUGCUGACUUUGUGUUACUUGAUAAGAAUUUACAAGUGUUAUCAACGUGGAUCGCUGGCGACUGCGUGUACCAAAAUUCUAAAAAUGUUGAAAAAAACAAUUCUUAAAUAAUGUUCAAUAAUUAUAACCAGAUUUUAUAUUUUUUUAAUCACAUAGCUUUGGAAAAAGCUAAAAACUCAAAGGGGCUGUGAAAUUCUUGAUGGCCAAAUAUCUAUCACGUACAUACCAAUACUGCCAAUAACAUUAUUAUUAAUGAGCCGUAUAUUUAUGUGCAUUUAUAACAAAUUAACUAUGUAUAUGUAUGAUACAUAUUUCUUCACUCAGGUGCAAUAUAAAUAAUUCGUUACGUACUAAUCAACGUAAUGGUUUUGUUGGUACAACUUGCGUCGAUUAAUAUUUUAAACAAGAUAUAUUUUAUACAAAUGUGUGUAUGUAUUUGUUGUAUAUACACGACAGAUCUAUAAAUUUUAAUAAAUUGACAAAUUGCAAUUUCGGUAAAAA